AUGGAUGGUUGGAAAGAAAUACUUUCAGCUUGUGCCCCGCAUGUAAACACUACUCAGUCUAUAUCGGCCAUUACUUUUGAUCCUUAUCAAGAGUUGUUGUGGACUGGAAGUGAUAAUGGCCGUGUUGCAUCCUAUUUCGGUGGUGGAAUGCAACGAUACACAAGUUUCCGAGCAUAUUUGACUCCGGUCAAGCAAUUACUAGUUAAUGAUGUAGGCGUGAUAUCCUUAAGCUCAGAUUCAAUUAAGAUGAUCAAUCGCAGGGGUUUACCUGUAUGGACAAUAAAAAAUGAUAAUAUUACCGAUUUGCAUUGUAUGACCUACACAACAAUUCCUAAUUCUGAAAUUCUGGCAGCCGGAAGCCAACAAGAUAUGCUUGUUGUUAAUUUGGCAAGAGGAACUGUUGUAAAAAAGAUUGAAUCCGAUAGUGAAAUUGUAGUUAUGCGAAAAUCACGAUUGUUAUGUUGUGGAUCUUCGUCCGGAGAAGUAAUUCUAAGGGAUCCAAGAACUUACAAAGUAGAACAUAGAAUACUUGCGCACACCGGAACAAUAUCUGACAUUGAUACCACGGGAAAUUUAUUAUUGACUUGUGGUUUUUCAGCAAGGAACGGAAACCUCAUAAUAGAUCCGAUUGUCAAAGUAUAUGAUAUAAGGACAAUGCGACCUCUUGUUCCAUUGUCAUUUCCACCUGGUCCUUGUUUCCUUAAGAUGCACCCCAAACUUUCUACCACUGUAUUCAUUGCAUCUCGUUCUGGCCAAUUUCACAUAUGUGAUGUAGGAAAUGUUUCAUAUACUCAUUUUUAUCAGGCAAACACUACUAGUUACAUAAAUUCUUUUGAUCUUUCCACUUCAGGGGAGAUGCUUGCAUUUGGCGAUGCUGCUAAUGUUGUUCAUAUAUGGGGUGAUCGCAAAAAUUCAAAGAUUAACGCUUUUUCUCAUCCUGCUGAAUUACCCGAUGUUCCAGCUCCAAAACCAAAUGUCUUUAUUGGUGAUAAUGAUCCUUUGUCAUUAGUUGGGUUACCUUAUUAUUGUGAACCACUCCUCUCAGUGUGGCCUUACGGUAUGACAUUUGAAGUCGGUAAUCCACCACCCAAAAUCGAUCCUGAAAUUGAAAAAAAUAUGAAGAUGAUAGAUUUUGUCGGGUAUGCUCCUAACCCAGGAAAUCGAAGAAGAAAUCUAGUCGCACAAUACUUAAGGAAGAAGCAGAAAACUGAAGCCCCCAAAUUCGUUUCUGAAAAGGAACGAGAAUUGCAAACGGGGAAAGGAUCGAAGGAACCAUCAUCUUUAUUUGACGGUGAAACUGAAUUAGAUGCAACCAGUACGAAAAUGCCUAAAUAUUAUCGAAGAGUUGAAAUUAUGUAUAGUCGAUUUGGAGUAGACGAUUUUGACUUUGAAUAUUAUAAUAAGACAAAAUACGCAGGGUUGGAGACCCAUAUCAAGAAUUGUUAUUGCAAUUCGUUAUUACAAAUUUUAUUUUUCAUUCCUGCCUUAAGAUUAAUAGCAAAAUCCCAUAUUGGGUCUGCUUGUCCUAUAGAAAACUGUCUUUGUUGUGAAAUGGGGUUUUUAUUUCGAAUGCUGGAGGAUGCAAAAGGAAGAAACUGCCAAGCAUCCAAUUUCUUGAGAGCAUUCAGUACAAUCCCACAAGCUAUGGCGCUUGGUCUUUUUGAACCGGAGGAACCAAACGAGAAAACGCCUUAUUCAAUGUUGAUUCAAAACUCGAAUCGAUUUAUUCUUGAACAAUUGCACCAAGAAUGUAAUUCUAAUAACAACGUUCAAUUGCUAAAGCCCUUACCAUUAGAACAAUCUUCCCUAUCAACUAUUCAACAAUUAUUUGGGAUGCGGAUGACUUCAAUUAGUUUAUGUAGAUGUGGCACUCGAACAGAACGAGAGAUGCAUCCAUUUGUUAUCGAUUUAAAUUAUUCAUCAUCAAAAGUAUAUAAGGGAAAAAUUCCCCUAUCGAAAACUUUUGUUGAAAUAUUGCAAACAAGUAUAUGGCGUGAAACCCAACCAAAAGCGUGGUGCAAUAAUUGUCAACGAUAUGUUCCCACAGUUGCCAAGAAAGUCCCAAAAAGUCUUCCACCCAUUUUGUCAAUUAAUUGCGGACCCGAAGAGGCAGUUCCUACGGAGCUUUGGCGAUCUCUCGAUGGCAAUAAACCUUGGUUGCCAAAGAGACUUUCGAUAAAAAUAGAUAAAGAUAAUCUGUUUGUCAGUGAACGAGAAAUUGGUGCAAUUGUUGAUACGAAUUCCACAGGAUAUUUGAAUUACGCGAAUUAUGAAUUAAAAGCCCUUGUAGCUCGAGUUCGAGUAGAGAAAGAGAUUCCAAAUCUUGUGACAUUUGUUAAGGAAAACGAAUUGGAUGAAUCUAGUGAAAGCCCUUGGUAUUUAUUCAAUGACUUUUUGGUUAAAAAUGUUACUGAACAAGAAGUAUUUAAUUUUCAAGGUUCCUGGAAAAUUCCGGUUCUUUUAUACUAUUCAAGAGUUGAUGUUGCGGAUCUAAUGGACACCCGACCAUUACAUGAAGAAAUUGAUAAGUCCAUAUUGUUUAGAGAUAUUUCAAUAUCAAGAAGGCGUAAUUCAUUUAUAAAGACAGCUCAUCUAUUGGCACCGGAUGAGUCGCCUCAACCUGGAACAUUAAUAGCAAUAGAUGCAGAAUUUGUGGCUCUAAACCAGACUGAAAUAAGUAGUGAUGGGACGAUAUCAGUUCUUCGUCCAAAGCUACUUAGCUUAGCACGAGUUAGUGUAGUACGUGGUGAGGGUCCAAAAGAAGGUCUUCCAUUGAUAGACGAUCAUAUUGUUGCUUCAGAACCUGUUGUUGAUUAUUUAACCGAAUUUUCCGGAAUAAAAGCUGGUGACUUAGAUCCUCUUACUUCACAAUAUACAUUGGUGCCUCUUAAGAUUAUUGUUAGAUCUUGGUUGUAUUUUUGUUGGUCACGGAUUAAAGAAAGAUUUCCGAAUAAUAAGCAAGAUAUUCAAACAGAUUCACAUGACAGUAUUGAAGAUGCCAGAACAGUAACAAUAUAUAAAAAAUAUUUGGAAUUAAAAUCCAAAGGAAUAUUUGAAGAAACGUUAGAAAACAUUUAUCGAGUGGGAAGAAAAUGUAAUUGGAAACCUAUACCAGGUGUAUUUCCAAAUGAUGUAUUUCAAAAAAGAAUGGCACCACAAGAUUCAGGACUUUUUUACAAUAGUAAUUCUUCAUCUAAUUCAUCUGACUCUUUGGCUGAUGAAGGAUUUGAUGAAGAAAUUGAACCUCCUAAUGAAAAUCAAACUGAAUUAGAUUUUUUAUUAAAACGGGAGAAAUCUUUGAGUAAUGAACAUGAAAAUCAAAUGAAUCUCCUUUUAAGAUAUCAAAUUAAUGAAAGAAAACAACAUCGAAAAGAUUUUUAUAAAAAGAUAAAUUCAGAAUAUUGCAAUUCCGAAACUUUAAAAUCUCUGAUACUUUGUCCUACAGUAAAAAAUAUAAUUAAUGGAAUAGAAAAAGAAAAUCUCAAUGAUAAAGAGAUUAAAGAAAUAGGACUUUAUAACGGAUCCGAAGAAAGGUCAAGUCAUGAUUUAUAUAAGCAAUUUCAAAAGGAGGAAGAAUGUAUUAUCUCUCGACAUCAUUCCCAAAUUGCAGGAUUAAAAUCAUUUCAUAAGCGAGUAUUAAAUGAUUUAAGAAAUCGAAUAUUGAAAAAAAUUCCAGACACAGAAGGUGUUAAAGAUGUUGAAAAUGGUGAAGAUGUUGAAGGUGUUGAAGAUGUUGAAGACGUGGAAGAUGUGGAAGACAUGGAAGAUGUUCCGAUGGAUAUUGAUGAUGAACUUACUCCAACAAACGUUACGUUUCCUACAAAUUUAAAUAACACAUCACAAAUUCAAAAUUUUGAAUCUUCCAUUUUCACCUCAUCAUCACUACUGUCCAAUGAGUCUAACGAUUUUGUAGAUAUUACAGAGGGUGAAAAAGAUAUUACUGAAGUGGAUUUAAUUACAUUGGAAGAUCUAUUUGAUGUUGAUAAUAAGGAUAAUUCUCAUCUUUUUGAUAAUCCUUUUAAUUGGGAGAAUGACAUCUCUCAAGCGAACAACGAGUUAACAAAGUCCAUAAACCAAUCUGAAACAAUUUUACAAAAUGAAUCCUUUAAUCUUAAUCAAAUGAAUUCAUUUUCCAUUUCACCACUAUCAAUUUCUUCACCAUCAAUUCCAUCUUCUUCAGCUCAGAAUGACACAACAAAAUCAAUGAUGACACAACCAAUUAAUACAGGAAGAAAUGAACAACAACAACAAAAUACUACUUUUUUAUUAAACAUUAUUAAGAAUCUCAUGCAAGAGAACAGCAACAAACAGAAUCCAUGA